ACGCUCACCUCUAAGCCCACGGGCAUCGCCGCAUUUCCAGUGCAUCUCCAACGCCUCAUCUCCAUAUUCCUCGUCUUAGGUGCCGAGAUACCCUUAUGGUCUGGUUCAAACCCCCCUACUAAGGUAGUGAAUCGCCAUGGCGACAAAACGACCCCGUAGCCCGGAUCUCAUCCCCAACCCUUUCAUCAAGAAGCGAAACCUGCAAUGGGCGCUCGAGCCUCCCGAGUCUCGUGGCCACAUCCCACCAGAAGAAGAGUCCGACGAACAAGAUGACGAUUCCAGCUCGAGUGCCGACUUCGACUUUGCCGCCCGCGAAGCAGAAACAGAGAAGCCACCGCCGCCGACGUUCUCAACAGCAGCCGUCGAAUCGGGAAGCGAGUCCAUGACGGAUCAUGCAGCGCAUUUCAGUGCGCUCCUUGCCGCUCACACGCUCAAGCUUAAGCGUCCUACGCUGCUUCCCGUAGAAUCGUACCGAGCUCUGUACGAGGAAAAUUUUGGCUCCCCGCGCGGCGCCCACUUCGUCAUCCAUCAGCACAACCACCCCGUGGCUGGAACACAUUACGAUUUGCGUCUGCAGAUCAACCCGACGAGCAGCGCUAGCUGGGCUGUCAUGUAUGGACUUCCUGGCGACCCGAACUCGCUGCGCUUGAUGCGGAAUGCUACUGAGACGAGGGUGCAUUGUCUCUGGAACCACUUAAUUGAAAUAGCCUCCGCUUCAACCGGGUCCCUCCUCAUCUGGGACACGGGAACCUACUCCAUCCUCCCUCGACGUUCCAAGCACGCCCCCUCCGUCGACCCUUCUUCGCCCGCCUCCUCUGCCCGUUCCGACGACGAUUCCAGUCCAGAGCAGCGCGAGCACCACCACCACCGCCGCCGCCGACACCCGCACCAGACGGAGCAGGAAAAGCUCCACGCCGCUUUCCGUGAACGGAAGAUCCGCCUGCGGUUGGACGGGACCCGCCUCCCGCGCCCUUAUGUUGUGAACCUGCGCCUUACCAAGUCGGAGGAUGCGCAGGGACGAGCCAAGGCUGCGAGGUCGGCGUCGUCGUCGAGGGGCCGAACUCGACAGAGACGUGGUGGUCGUGGUGGUCGUGGUGGUGGGAAGGCGAUGCGGCGGGUCGUGGAGACUACGUCCGAGUCUGGCUUCUCGUCCGCUGCAGAGGAGGAGGAGGAGGAGGAGGAGGAGGGAACUCGCGAGGGGCUUCGAGUCGCCGUGGAGACGAAACAACAAGACGAAAAAGGCGCAGGUCGGGACGGCGUCCCCUUGCCGCCCGGCCGUCGGAAUCAAGACACAGUCCUCCAAUCGACUCAACCAAGGCAAAUCGACCGAAACGCCCAGCCGCUAUCCGAAGAAAUGCGCCGCGAAUUGGAAGAGCUCGACGAGUCGGCCCAGGUCCGCGCCUCCAACGCCUACCCCGGCGCCGAGAACAGCGUCGGCAGCGUGCACCAGCGCAAGUGGUUCCUGUCCCUCGACCGUGCCGCCUGCGGCUUCGCGAGGCGUCCGCCCGCCGACCAGGGGGCCAGGGCCCAGUGGGUGGGGGAGUCUAGAUCGGGCCGGGACGACGGGCGUCUGGGCUUCCCUUUCUACGUUCGCGGUCCCGAUGUGGAGAGGAGUGUCGUCACCGGUCGGCUGGCGGCUGACAUACUUCGCGACGAAGGGGUGUCGGGUUUCGUGAAGAGGAAAGGCUGGAAGCCUGUUUUGAACUGACGGACGACGCUCACGCCUCGAUGUCGUUGCUUGUACCCUGAUGCAGGAAAGAUAUAAUCAUGUUCGUCAUUUCAGCGUUCGAUCAUGUGGCAGUCGAUCACCGACCUCUAUGGUAACCUGUGAGCCAUCCUCGGCCAUGGUCCCCGGUGUCAGAGGCUUGGGUCGCCCUCUCCAGGAUGGAUGAGGCGUCGUCAUCGUCGAAGUCAUAAUCGGGACGGGCAGCGGCGAACUGGUCGUUCAACGAGUAGCGAGAACUAGCGGAGCGCAAGGUGCGGGAUGACACCGACAGGUACUGGGCGUAGUCGUCGGAAUCGGCGGACGAGCGGCCCGGAGGCACGCGUAAUGAGGAUGGAUGGCUCCCCCGUGAACGAGCACUCCGGAGGCUGUCGUAGUAGUUUGCAGGCCGCGGAGGCGGUUGAGUAGGUGAGGCGAGUUGGACGACGAGUCACUCGUGGUUU